GUGUUAACAGGCUGUGAGGUCUGCUGUGAAGCAACAGAAGAAGACGGGGGAACGUUUCUAGAAAAUGUCCGAGUACGCGACGAUCCAGAAGAGCGCCUUGAAAAUAAAGGGAGUUGGAGUCAUUUCAGAAGGAAAAAAAAAGAAGAAGAAGAAUAAAGAGAGCAAGCAUCGCCUGGAGCAGGUCAACACCAGCCAGAACGAUGAGGAAACUAAAACUAAGAAAGCCUACGUGGACAAAAGGACUCCAGCACAGAUCGCAUUUGAUAAAAUGCAGGAGAAAAGACAAAUGGAGCGGAUUUUGAAGAAAGCAUCAAAAACACACAAACACAGAGUGGAGGACUUUAACCGCCACCUGGACAAUCUGACGGAGCAUUAUGACAUUCCUAAAGUCAGCUGGACGAAGUAGAAGAUCAGCUUUUUUAUACUUUUUUUGGUUCUAUUCAAUAUCUGUGAUUUAUUUACUAUGAGAAGGGUUUUUUGUAAAUCCUGGUGUGCACAAUAAAGAAGUGAAAAAUAAA